AAAGCUCUCAUUGUCGAGAGACACGGGUAUGCGUGCGGUACGUUGCAUUUCGCGUUCAUUUCGCGCGCCAAAAUUAUAUGGGAAUAAAAAGGAAAGGAAACGUCUGCCAAGUUGCAUUGUUGUACAUACGGAGUACAUGGAUCAUGUAGGUACGUACGUACAUACCGGGCACAUCGGCAUGUCCGUUCGUCCAUACGUCUUUCCAUUUCCGAAUGAACAUGCGCAGACGAAGUUUACGGGGGAAAACGCGAUAUACAGACUUCAGUUGCGCGCCGCACGUCAAACGGAACCGCCGAUACUCCGCGGGUUUCUUGCGAUUCGAAAUACACAUUUCUUAUCUCAUUGACAGAAUUUUAUCCAAUCGUCAUUCGAAGCCCAUUCGUCCGACGAGAAAUCAUCAAUUUUCAUCCAAUUCGAAUAAUAAAAAAACAAAAAAAAAAGAUAUCAAAGAUCAAGGAUCAAAAAAAACAAAGUCGAGAUAGGGUUUGAGAAAUUUGAAAGCCAGCCGAAAGAGGGUCGAAACAAUUUUUCGCGGCGCAUGAACGAUUUUUCCAAAAGUUUUUUUUCAGUACUUAAAACUGUGUAGAAAUUUUUCUUUUUUCUCUAUUUUCCUUUCUCAUUUUAUGUUUUUAACGACAUCCCUUCGACACCCGCCCACGUGACGUGCCCACGCUAUACAUGUAUAUAUAUUGAAAAACUUCGAAAAGUAUCUCAAUUUGAAAAAAUAAAAAGAAAAAAAGAAAAAUCGAAAGAAAAGUGUUUUUUUUUUUUUUCUGGGUUCAGAAACGUAACGGCGAUAUCGGGUAAAAUUUUUCACUUUGAGAAAAGUAUACGCCUAAGAAGAAAAAGGGGACAAAAAAGAGAGAGAAAAGAAACGAGAUUAAUCGGAGGGUGUUUUUUGAACUAAUAUUUAAAAUUGCAACGUCCGACAAAUUUCGCCGGUGUUGAAAAUUAAUUGCUACUGUGGGGGGGUUGAGAAAUAUAAUUUGUUCCGAAAGUCUUUUAUGAGCUUUAUUAAGUACUUAUCAAGUACUUUUGGUGGGUAAACUUCGAGUCCAGGUAUAUUAGCUGAUUAUAUUGCGAAACGACCGCUCGCUACCGGGAUAGUUAUCGAUAAGGAGAUUGAAAAAGAAUAGUAAAAACGAUUCGCACUUCCUACGAUUCUUAUUCAUUCGUUUGUCCACCAUUUUUUAUUUUUUUUUCAUCAAUCGCGGUCGGCUCUUACAUCACCUGUUCUACUCAUCACAUGCACGAUGAACGCUCGAAGAUAAUUUCCCCAUAAUGGAGACUCUUUACACGGGGGUGAUCCAUGGAUUCCCACAGGCCAAGGGUCUGGCCGGUGGAAUAUCCCCAGGGAUCGGUGCCGCCCUGGACCAAGAUGGCGCCGUCAGUUUGAUCGUCGUCCUAGGAGGGAGUCUUUCCUUGGUGGCACUGGUGUUCGCCUUCAUCACUUACAGCUUGUUCUCCGAUUUACGAAGCUUGGCAGGAACGACUCUGAUGAAUCUUCUCGCCGCCCUAUUUAUGGUUCAAUUAUUGUUCAUCAUAGGGGUCGGAGGCGUGCAGGAUGCGGAAUUGUGCAUAUCCCUCGGUCUGAGCCUGCAGUACAUAAGGGUAUGCGUCGUUUGUUGGCUGGCGGCUAUGUGCCACCACCUUUACGCCACCGUGGCUUCCAUACCAUCCCGAGACGAGCCACCGGCGUACGUCAAGUACAGCUUAUUCGCGUGGGGAUCGCCGCUGUUGAGUCUCGGUGGUGCCACGAUGAUACAGAGUCAAGAAUCCGGUGACCUAUGGAACAUCGCGGACCUGACGCCCUUCAACUGCUGGUUUUUAGGUAAAAAGGCUACGGUCUACACCUACGGCAUACCCGUCAUUCUGCUUCUUCUACUCUCUGGAUUUUAUCUCCUGAAGGCAGCCAUUGUUGCAAGGUACACUUGCAGUAUGCAGCUGGAGAUAAAACAGCGUGAAAAAAUGAAAAAACGAAGGACCCUACAGUUGGUCCUGUUUCUGAAGGUCUGUUUGACCGUCGGUUUGGUAGCCGGCUGUGGGGUUGCGGCAAGAGUAUGGGAAAAUCCAUUUUUAUGGGCGAUGUUUUGUACGGGGCAUUCGUUGCAGGGAUUAGCCGUCGCCCUGUUUGUCGCCUGCAACUGCAGAGUUCUAAAAGUAUACUCCAGACGAGCGCACAAACAACCCAAACAACAGAUCGCCAAAUCAUCGAGUAUGCAGCUUUUGGCACCACCACCAGAUCCCGUCUAGAAUGCCAACUAAUAUUUUCAACGACCAAAAAUUCGCUCGCUUUAACCAGCGCGUUUGACA